CCUCAACUUCGAAUCGGUCUUUAAAAAGGUUUUCAGGUACCAGCCCAGAAUUCUCACUUAGAAUAUACUACUUUUAAUUCAUUGUGGAAAUUCGGUUCUUUUUAUGAGACGAUUACUGGAGUGUAAUAGCCGUCAUCUUGCUCACAAGGACUCGCAUUCAGUCAUAUUCUCAUAUACGCCGUAGUGUGCAAGCACGGAACGCUACUUGCUACCAAAAGUAUAAAAACUAAAGAAGCUUUCUAACGAUAGGAUUACAUGAUAUAGAAAGAUUCCAUUUCAUCACCAUGGCCGCGCAAGGGUCAAAUCCGAACCUGCCACCUUCUGAGGCAACAAAAGCGGUUCUUGUUCCAUCCGAUGAACUACCUGAAGGAGCACAAAAAGUUGAGGAGAUCGAUUUCAAUGCCUUUAAGGGGCGCCCCAUUACCGUGGAUGACAUAAUCGGAGGCAUGAAGCAUAUGGGAUUUCAAGCGUCUUCCGUGGCUGAAGCCGUUCGAAUCAUCAAUGAUAUGCGAGCGUGGCGCGACCCUGAAACAGGUGACAAGACAACAAUAUUUCUCGGAUAUACCUCCAACAUGAUCUCAUCCGGACUGAGGGGGAUCUUUCGAUAUCUCGUAGAGCACAAGCAUGUUUCGUGCAUUGUCACAACCGCUGGUGGUAUCGAAGAAGACUUUAUCAAAUGCCUCGGCGACACUUACAUGUCUUCGUUUAGCGCCAAGGGGGCUGAACUCAGAGCUAAAGGUUUAAAUCGGAUAGGAAACCUCAUGGUUCCCAACGCGAACUACUGCGCUUUCGAGGACUGGGUUGUUCCCAUCCUAGACAAGAUGCUUGAAGAGCAAGAAGCAAGUAAAGGAACCGAAGAUGAAAUUAACUGGACACCAUCUAAGGUCAUCCACCGUCUAGGUAAGGAGAUUAAUGACGAGAGAUCUGUGUAUUAUUGGGCAUACAAGAACGAUAUCCCUGUGUUCUGCCCAGCUUUGACGGAUGGUAGCUUGGGAGAUAUGUUAUACUUCCACACAUUCAAAGCUUCGCCACGACAAUUAAAGAUUGAUAUAGUUGAGGAUAUUCGGCGCGUCAACACGAUCUCUGUUCGAGCUAAACGAGCUGGAAUGAUCAUACUGGGCGGUGGUGUUGUCAAACACCACAUUGCCAACGCCUGCCUGAUGAGGAAUGGUGCUGAGUCUGCUGUCUACAUCAACACCGCCCAGGAGUUCGAUGGCAGUGAUGCUGGUGCACGACCAGAUGAAGCGGUAUCUUGGGGAAAGAUUAAGGUUGGAGCCGACCAUGUUAAGGUUUACCUUGAGGCAUCUGCUUGCUUCCCCUUCAUUGUAGCUAGCACUUUUGCCAAAGAUGGAUAGAUGGAGACCACAUUUAGCAUAGAGUUAUAAAGUUUAUCUGACAGCUGCAUGGGGCACGUCCCCUUUUUUCCUAGAGGCUAUCCAAACUCUACGGAGACACAGACAAAUAAGACAACCACCUAAGCAUCCUACAUAAGCAUUGAAGAUGUCUAUAACUACGAAUAAGGUAUUCCUAAUCCAAUAGUUUUGUUCUAG